GUUUGUUGUUUAAGUCGAGUUUAAACAGCAUUGGGACUAAAUUUAAAAGCCAUUAUGCCUGUAAAAUGUUAAAAUACACGCUACAUUCCCUAUAAACGGAAAAGAAAGUUUUCCAAAAUGUAAACAAGGGCGCCACUAUCUGUCAAUUGACGGUAAUGGCUUUUAAAUUUAGUCCUAAUUCUGUUUAAACUCGGUUUAAAUAACAAACUUGCCGUUUAAACGGCUGAAACUUUUUUGGACUCUGCGGUCUGUUUGUAAACAAGGGCGCCAGUAUCUGCCAGAUGACGUCACCUUGAUUUGGUCUAUUGAGCGAAAAUAAAUAAAAAACAAAACAAAAUGCCGCGACGUUGUGUAGUAAUUGGAUGUACCACUAAUCGAGAUUUCUAUGAACCUGGAAUUCGUUUUUUUCAAUUUCCUCAUGGUGAUGAACGUUUGCGUGUAUAUUGGAGAAAGAUUAUUGGACGUGAUGAAACAUGGAAAGUUCCCAAACUAGCGUCAAUUUGUCAGCGACAUUUUUUACCUGCGGACAUUACCGCUGAUAGACGUUUGACUGAUUCUGCUGUACCAACAUUAAAUCUCCCGCCUGGAGUUGAACUACAUCAACGUAAAUCGUUUAAAGCAACUGCAAACUGUAAAGAAAAGGAAAAUAUGGAAAUAAAUACCGAGUAUUGUCUUCAACAGCAAAAACAGUUAGUUCAACUUUAUUGUGAUAGAUUCAAGUCAAAAUUUGAGGACUUUCCCAUCAAAACGGAAUCUGCAGGAUACUAUUCGCCUUCGGAGCAUGAAUUUGAGCAGGUAAUGAUCCCUGAACACCAUCCCGACAGCGCUGCGAAAGUAAAUGGAACAGGUCAAUUGCCUACAUUGACAGGCCUUUCCGUCGAUGAAAUGAUUGCAGUACUUGAUGAUAUUCCAACUAAAAACAAAAGAAUUAGUGCUACGCCACCCGAAGAAUGUUGGGAUUGCGGGCAACAAUUCCCCAAUCUAAGCCGCAAGAAAAAACACAGAAAAACUUGUUCGGCCAUUGGAACACCUGAGUCUUUGCGCAAUAAACACUACAAAUGUGAAAUUUGCAAUAAGGAAAUUAGCACUCGCUCUGGAUAUCGUGUACACCUUACAAAAAUUCAUUGUAAUACAAAUGAGUCAACGAAAACGUCUUCGGAGGAGUUGAUGCGUAUGCAAGAGAAAAAACGGUUGCAAUGCCCGUUAUGUCCAAACAAAUACUAUCAAGUUCAUCAACUUAAAUAUCAUCUCAAAACUCAUCAAAGUAAAUCGCUCUGUAAGAAGAAGUAUAAAAAAGCUAUGUUACCUGAAGGGAAGCGCAUAUGCCCAAUAUGCGGGAAAAAUUUCGAACGAAAUCCUUUUUAUUUCGAGACCCACAUGAAGUUCCAUCGAAAGGAAAAAGAUUUUCAAUGCGAUCAAUGUGAAAAGGCGUAUUUUACUAAGCACGAUCUCAGAAAUCAUAAAAGCACAAUCCAUGCUUCUCAUACACUUCUUUGUGGAUACUGUGGAAAAUCUUUUGGGACUCGUCAAGCAUUUACCCGUCAUCAAUUGAUUCAUGACAAUUCAACCAAUUCGUACCACUGUACAUUCUGCCCCAAGAGCUAUCCAACUGCAGGUUCACUCAAAUACCACGUUAUGAAGCAUACUGGUGAGAAGGACAGCAAAUGUGAGCUUUGCGGCCAUGAAUUUCGGUUUCGAUACAUGCUGACACAACACUUGAUACGAACUCAUAACAUAGAGAUCGAAGGUGUAAAAUUGUAUAAAAGAAAGGUAAAAACAACAACACCUAAUGAAUAA